ACUUCCACUAAGUUAUACUGUACCAAAUAGCGAACUUGAAACUGACUGGUGACAUAAAUUCUCAGCUUGCAGAGGACGAAGGCAAUGAAAAAAUGCAAAAGCUUUUGCAAAAGCGAACUCCCCGUUUUGGAAUUUUCUCGCUGUGGCAGUGGACAACGUUUUCGAGAAAUCCAAAGACUAGUACCCAGAUCUCAGUUUAUGACGUAAAGAACCGCAGUCAGAUAAUAAAUGGACUGAUUUGCAAAUGGAAAGCAGAAACAACAUGGCCUAAGAAGAUUCAAAGUCCACCAAUUAAUCCAAUCAUGGUCGCUUGGAACUAGAAUGUGCUAAGUGAACUGUAUGACGUCAAUUUUAACAUAGUUCGCUUGUUUCUAAUCAUGUUUUGAGUUCUCAGAUGCCAGGGAAGAGAAUAAUUUGACGACCCGAUAUUCCUCGCUGCGACCAGCCUGCCGAAGUGAAGUUUAUCGCGUAUCUGUGUAUUUUUUUCAAGCCAUUUACUUAAAGAAGAAUACCUCGAUUUUGUAUCAUUUAAACUCUCGAAUUCAAGCAGAUUGGAUAUACGUGAGUUUUAAGGAUAUUACGAGUCUAUUUUACCAUGAUUAGAGAAGAACGGACUUAAAAACUAUCAGGGUUUAGCCCCGAGUAGUUGCCCAGCAGGCGUAGUGAAAUUACCAAAACAAAUAAACCAAAACCUAGGCCUUGAGUCGAGCGGAAAAGGAUGGUCAUGAGAUGAGAGCGAAAAGCACUUGUUGUUGACUAGAACAUACUGGACAUCAGGUCUUCAGGAAGAGCUAUCUGAGUUGAGAGAUAAAUUACUAGCAUCGGAAAUUGACAGAGAAGCAGCUGAAUCGAAAAACGCGACAAAAUGCCAAGAAACGAACAGAAUAUCAAAUGGCCAUGCGAGUAUUGCACCUAUCUUAAUUGGCCAACGGCUAUGCGAUGUGUUAUGUGUAGAGCUGUUAAGCCAUCAAAUCUAGCUGCUUGUGAUGUUAUUGAUGACAGUGGAGAUGGCCAGUUGUCUAGAAGUAGCUCUGAUGAGAUUAUUUGUCCUAGUGAAGGUGCACAUCAGUAUCCUUCAAAAAAGAAGUCAGCAGUUGAUAAUAAAUGGCCUUGUCAAUCUUGUACAUAUCAAAAUCCCAGUAAGAGUGAAACAUGUAUCAUGUGCCAAGAAAGAAAACCUGAUGCAGUAAGACAGCGAAAUAUAGAAAAUGCUGAGAGCAACUUUGUUUCUGACUCAAAUGUAAGGAAUGAUUCCAAUAUUGAAAGAAAAACUAAAUCACUCCUAAAGUCAAGCAAGUGGCCAUGCUCAAAGUGCACUUUUGAGAAUUGGCCAAAGUCUCCAAAGUGUGCACUUUGCAGUACACCAAAGAAUAGAGCCAGAAGUGAUGAGGGAAUGGUGAAGGUAGGCAAUGCAAAGAAGUCACAUUCAUCACCUUCACUAAAAAACUCACCUCCUAGGUCACCAAGGUCACCUCUUGGUGCUUGUAAGAAAUCUAGUGAUUCUUCAAUUGAAGUAGCGAGAAUUGAGGAUGAAGCAGUGAUACAACUCUCUGAUUCACUGCAAGCAUCAUGCAAGCUAAGGAAUGACAGGGAAGAUAUUUUGCAAAUUCGAAACAAAAUGACCAACAAAGAUUGGCUAUGGCUUGCUGCUUGUAGAGGUAUCAGAGAUCACAAUGUGACAGCUGUCAAGAAAUACCUGUCUGCUGGUGGAGAUAGAACUAGACAGUUGACAAAAGAAGACAUUCUUGUUCUUAGUGAGCCUGAAAAUUUUGAAAUUGGACAUACUUUAGUACAUCUUGCUAUUACAUUUCAAAGAGAGGAUAUUUUGCGUAUAUUGCUAAGACCAGAGCCACCAUCCCGGUCUCUAAAGAGGCUUCCGUCACACCUCAGUCCAGACCUUGCUGCAGCCAUCAGAAAACAAGUUGCGUAUUCUCUAAGGCAAAAGAAAGGAGCAUUCCAGUGCCUGUUUUUUACUGAGCAAGUCACAUUCUUUCUUCCUGGAGAGAUUCAUAGUUUCGAUGUCAGAAUUCAGCAACAAAUUUUCAGCGAAAUUUUGGAUUUAGAUGUGCAAAAAGUGCUGGAAGAAGAGUCGUUGAUAAACUGGAGCAGCGAAUUGAUUGGAUACUAUAGCAGUAGGAUCUAUCCAUUAUGGAACAGAGCUGCCGGCGACUGUCUGCUUGACUCAGUUUUGCAGGCAACUUGGGGUGUUUUAGAUAGAGAAAAUAUUCUAAGAAGAGCACUGUUUGAAAGCCUUAGUGAAGGACAAAAAAGGUUUUUUCCGCGAUGGAAGGAGGCAGAGCAAAUUCAAGCCAGUGAGAUGAACUAUUCUUUGGAUGACCAUCAAUGGAAACAGGAUUGGCUUAACACAGUGUCACUGGCAGGAACGGCUGGUACAAGCUUGGAACAGACGCACGUUUUUGCAUUAGCUCAUAUUUUAAGACGGCCUAUUAUUGUAUAUGCAGUCAAAUACGUCAAAAGUAGGAAAGGAGAGACCAUUGACUAUGCAAGAUUUGAAGGUGUUUAUCUGCCCCUGUUGUGGGAAGAAGAUUUUUGCAUGAAAACCCCUAUUGCUCUUGGAUACACUCGUGGCCAUUUUUCUGCUCUUGUGCCAAUGGAAUCACUGAACGAGAGAAAUGUUGGUGCAAGUUCUAGUGUAGAUGUCAACGAAGAUACCCAUGUGACAUAUUUACCCCUGGUUGAUCACGAGGGACGGUUGCUUCCAAUACAUUUCCAAACUGUAGAAGAAAUUGGCCAGGAGGAGCGUUUACUACAAUCUUGGUUAGACUGUUGCUUCACAAACAACGGCAUUCUUGUUGCCAAGCAGAAAGUUACACCUAGGCCUGCCCUGGUAGGCCAAAUGAUCGACGAGUGGCUGAACAGAUAUCACCAUCUGCAGGAUGAUAUGAUUGGUUCACGUGGUGCUUUCAAAAUAUAGCUUUUAUAUCUGAAACUGACUUAUUCCCCGGUAUGGUCGUGUUGUUGUUUGGAGUACAUGCAAUGUAAGUGGGCGGUAUUGUUAAAUUUAUUCUGGUUUCGCUAUAUUCUCGUCUUAGUGGCUUGUCGAAUUGGCUUUUCCUAGUAUCCUCUUUGUUGGAGAUGUCUCCAGCAUAUGUAAGAGAUUAUCUUUGCCUUAAAAUAUUCAAAAGUUUCGUUAGAUAAAAGAAGCAUCGGUGUAUGUGGUGAGAGAGAAUGAUAUAUUCAAACGAUAGCCAGGAUUAACGAGCUAUAUGCUUUUUGACUUUACUUAUCUUUCUGUGAAUGGGUGACUAUCAUGUCUCUUCCCAUUUCUCCACCACUGCCCCUCCAACCUUUAGACGAAAUAGAAAAUUUGUUUGGGCCUUUCUAAUCAACGUCUCAUCAAGAUAUUUGGACGAUGUUUUAAAACCUGGUCAAACUAUCAUGCGCUGCUGCACGGCUAACUUCAGUUACUACGUUUUUACUGCAGUUCAACUUACUGCGCUUGCGCGAGUCAAGCAUAUGUUUCGUGAGGUGGCCAAAUGACAGCAAGAUUGUUGAUCAAUCAUGAAAACAAAAUGUUUUACGAAAAGUUUGGUGGAAAUAUAAUUUCGUAGUACGCCAUCAAACAUUGGGAAAAUUCAUAAAACCUGGUGAACAAACGAAUACGUUAUGUUUUUCAACAAUAACUAGAUGAUGUUUUAUGUCAAUGAUUGAUUUGUGUGGCUAGGGCGUAUAUGAGUUCUUGUCAAUCACUACUUUAGGUAACUCCUAUCCCCUGGGCCACUCCCUGAGUAUGCCUUAAUUACGUUUUCCCACACAAUGUGAAGGUUCUUGUAUUACUUUUUAUCUUAACCAUGCAUGCAUUUUCUGGAGCAAUCGAGCCCAGAAAAGAAAUCCGACAACACUUUUUAGUACUGCAAGCUUAGAUGAUAAUCGAAAAGCCCAGAACAAAAGUACGGCCUAGCACGGAAGAAAUCAAUAUCAGGGAAAUUGAACUGUGUUGAUGAAAUAGUGCAUUUAUUUAAAUUUAAUGAAUUGAAUAUAUAACGAGCAUUUGGAAAGUAGGUAGGAUUUUGUGAAUGCAGUUAAGUUAGCUGAUUCCUCGCGUUGUUUUUCUUUAGUGAAACAUGUGCUGUGUUGCUUUGCAAAAAAGUUCUACGAGGCUUGCUCCUUUUUGUUUUAUGUGAUCAUUUUGUUAUUGCCAAAGAGAAGCUUUGUCCAGUGUAAAACCUCCAUACCACCACAUAACUCCUCUUUUAGAAAUAACCCUAAAGAUAGAAAAAAAAUAGCCAACUAUGGACCUUGGUGACAUCAAUGUACUUGUUUAUGUAAUCCCUUGUAAUAUGAAAUAUCAAGAUGUAUGCAGGUACUUUUCGCUACAUUUGCAUCGCAACCACCUGUUUGUCAAUAGAAUAUGGCCAGCUUUAUGUCAAUUCUGCUGCAAAUAGAUCCCUCUUGUUUCCUAUUCUCGCAUUACAGAUGUCUUCGUGGGUCUAUCUAUAAUUUAUAAGUUGAAAAUCUUUCAAACACGCCAACUUGUACCGCCUCCCCACCUACACAAGAACAAAAGACACCAAUUCGAAGUCAGAUGAAGAAAAUAGAGUGAAUCAUGGCACUUGCUAUGCUGAACUCAAAUAUACAACCUCUGAUAUUUACACCCCCUUCACCUGUCUUUCGUGUGAAACGAUUUUACUUAUAAUUGACAAACACAUUCACACCUUAAGGUAUUUCGUUCUUAUGUCCGUUGUUUCUUAGCAAAAUUGUCCCAUCUUCCAUGCCAUGGGCUGAGGGGUAAGACUCGAGCUUCUAAAAUAAUAACGUGUUUGCGUAUGAAGUGAGAGCUGAGAGGUUGAGUAAAAAGAAACUAUGAACUGUAUGGUGGGAUGAAAUUUGCAUGUGAACAUGUGGUGAUUUCAUCCCACCUGCCAGCUUAUGACUUGAAAAGUGGGAUAAUUUUGCUCAUAGUAACGCCCAUAUUCCAAAGCAAGUUCAGAAGAUAAGUGAGCAUCGUUCAGCAAAGCUUAUUCCAUAAGUCAUCGGAAAACUCAAACUUCAACUUUGAUGGCCUCCUUAGAAUGGCCUUUUUAAGAAAUGCGUUCUAGUUAACAUUACGCUUGUUUUUCAACCUUGUAUACCUGAAAUUGAGGUGCGAAUCCUGGCGUGCAUCUCUCUUUAGCAUCCACUUGCACAGCAACACCCUAAGCCAGUAUUGUUUAUGUUAUUGUGUGUUAUUUUGUAAAAUAGCUUGUAUUUUCUAUUAUUAAGCAUAUAGUAAGAAAUGAAAUUGAUAUUACAACUUAUAUGAAUUGUAUCAUGUAGGUCUUAAAGGACUAUUUUGAUACGAACCCUUAGCUUCGCUUACCAGCAUCGAUGUUGUUUUGACGAGAAAAAUAAAAUCGA